AAAAAUACUUGCCACCUCCUCCUAUCUCUCCCUUUAUAUAAAACACAUACCCUACUUCCAUUGCUCUCAUUCAUCACAUUAUACGUCUCUAUUUCUACUGCUCCAAUGGGGACUGUUGCCCUAAUUAUCAUCUUGUUCCUCUCCGUUUUCUUCAUCUCAUGCUCUUCAUCAACUAGAUCAGAGUAUGAGAUGAAGCUCCUUUAUGAGGGUUGGCUGGUUGAACACCAUAAGAACUACAAUGAUCUCUUUGAGAAGGAUAAGAGGUACGAGAUCUUCAAAGAUAACCUCAAGUACAUAGACGAGCACAAUGCUGGUAAUCAUACAUACCAACUCGGUCUCAAUUUAUUCGCCGAUCUCACCGUUGAUGAGUACCAGAACAAUGAUCUUGGCUUUAACCCACUCUCAAAAAUGAACAUGACCUACAAGGUGAGCAGUAGGUAUAUGUUGGACAAGGGUGAGGAGUUGAAGUUGCCUAACUCUGUUGAUUGGAGAGAGAAAGGUGCUGUCACACAUGUUAAGAAUCAAGGCAAAUGCAAUAGUUCUUGGGCUUUUACAACAAUUGCAACUAUAGAAAGUCUCAACAAAAUUGUCACAGGAGAGUUGAUAUCAUUAUCUGAACAAGAACUUAUAGAUUGUUAUAGAAAGGGCUGUGGCAGAGAUGAUCCAGUUAAAGCCUUUGAAUUUAUCAUACUAAAUCAUGGCAUUGAUACUGCUGAAGAUUAUCCCUACAGAGCAGUAUACAGCAAAUGUGACCUAUCGAAGAAAAAGAAAAAAGUUGUAUCCAUUAACGGGUAUGUGCUUGGGCCUUUCAAUAAUGAGAAUGCCAUGAAAGGAGGUGGUGGCAAAGCAACCUGUUAUUGGAGGUGUUGAUUCCAAGAGUAGGGCAUUCCAAUUAUAUCAUUCGGGUGUAUUUACUGGAAGUUGUGGGAUAGACAUAAAUCAUGCUAUCACUAUAGUGGGUUAUGGUGAAGUUGAUAGUAAGGAUUUUUGGCUUAUUAAAAAUUCAUGGGGAAUUUCUUGGGGCGAAAAAGGAUACAUGAGAAUUGCACGAAAUAUCAACAAAUGUGGCAUCGCAAAAUACUUGUCAUAUCCUACAAAAAAAACUUUUUCACCUGAGGGCCAGCGGCAAUCAAUUUGAAUUGAGGAUGGCAAGUGUAUGAGUAGGCCGUAACUUUAAAGACAAGUAAGGAGUUUAAAUAAAAUAAGAGGCGCUGAAUAAAGUUUGGCUUACUUUUGACCCAUGUACACUCCUUUGGAAUAUCAAGGAGAUUACUGUAUGUAUAUUGAGCCGCUACCUCAAAUUGUAGAUCUGCUUGAUAUAAAACUAUCUAGUAAUUAAGUAUA